AUGGUUGAUACCCAAUCUGAUAAACAAGUACUCACUUUAAGUGAAGUUCAAAAAUUAGCUGAAGAUAAAAGUAGAUGUAUUUUGAUAAUCAAUAAUCGAGUAUAUGAUGUAACAAAAUUUCUUGAUGAGCAUCCAGGUGGUGAAGAAGUUUUAAAAGAGCAGCAUGGUAAAGAUGCUUCACAGGAAUUUGAAGAUAUUCGCCACAGUCCUGAUGCACGUGAACUAAUGAAAAAAUAUGAAAUAGCUGAAAUUCAUAAAGAUGAUGUUCGAUCAGUAAUUACACCUCGUCCUUUAAUUGAAAGUUCAAAGCAAAAUAAAAACACUAGAGAUGCUUCUAAUUAUGCUGAUCCAUCAUGGAUGAAAUUGGCUAUUCCUAUUGUGGUAGUGUUUGGGGCCAUUAUUUACUUCAGAUUAACGGCAGCAGCAAAUCCAGACCUCAACGGACACUGA